AUGUUUCCUUCGGUAUCUGAUGUCCUCGGCAGUGUGUCCAAUCUGCAAGAUAGCAAACACACGGUAAGUCCUAGGGCACCGGUGUGGUACCGGCCGAAGGCUCUCCGAUGCUUAAGUAAGUACGGGUUUAAUAAGUUUGAACUACAGAUCAAUAGGCAGUAUGCCAGUUUCGAUGUGGGACUGUGGACAUCAGUUGUGGGACUGCCACGUGUCGAAGGGGGUGAAGUUGCCCUAGUGUUGCGAUCGGUAGGGUUGGUACCGAAGGUGGGAGUCCCCCAAGUCCUCUUGCGAGAGUUCUCGGAAGGGGAUUUGAAGUCGUCUUCGGAAGGAAAUGUUGUCCUACCGUUCGGUAGUCCAGUUGGGGAAAGGGGCUCAACUUUGGCCCUUCCGUCAUUAUUCGUUCAGAGGCUGACGUUGGCGAAGUCAGAAGGUCGCGUCGAGCGAACGAGUGAAGGGACAUCUGAGCGCUUCGACUUCCGCGCCUCGCGUGCCGUCAGUCCCCCAUAG